AGAUAUCUGUACUUCCGGGGUUUUUUUUUUCAGCUGGCAGCUCAGGGAAACAGCGAUGGCCGCGGUUCCGGUUCAGUCCCUUCGGGUGUCAGAUAUUAAAGACCCGACGGUGCUGUUUGAGCGAUACAGCACUGAUGAAAUCCGCGCGGUGGAGCGGAAAGUGCGCGCGGAGAUCGAGCAGAAGAAAGAGGAGCUGCGGCAGAUGGUGGGAGAGAGGUACCGAGACCUGAUCGAGGCUGCGGACACCAUCGGGGAGAUGAGGGAGUGCUCCGAGAAAGUGCUUCAGUCCAUAAAGGACAUGCAGAACUACUGUCACACGCUGAAACAGAGCAAACACACUCCUCAGAGCAGCAGAGCAGAGGGUGAGAAGCAAUCACAGGAGAAGUUCUACGCUAUGGCGGCUCAGAUCAAAUUGCUCCUGGAGAUGCCUGAGCGGAUGUGGAGUGCGCUGGAGGGAGCUCAGUACCUGCAGGCCACACAGCUUCACCUCCUCUGUGCUCACCUGCACCGGCUGCUGCACCUUGACACGUCCGCCGCCUCAUACAGCCCCGUUUUGAGCCGGUUCCCCAUCCUCAUCCAGCAGGUGGCCGCGUCUGGACACUUCAGGUCAACAAUCCUGCUAGACAGUAAGUCUGUCUUGCGUGGCAGAGCUGUUUCAGAUCAGGCUAUCGCUGAAGCCCUGGUGUCCACCAUGCUGCUGGAGGACAGUUCACCUCGCCAGGCUCUCGCCGACUUCCUGCUGGCCAGAACAGCGUCCAUACAGCAGCUUCUCAAGCAGCCCCAGCAUGGAGCUGGGAUUAAAGCUCAGGUCUGCUCUCUGGUGGAGUUAUUAGUCACUACGCUUUAUCAGGCCCACGCUGUGUUCUACGUGCCUCCAGAGGGCCGUAUGGCGGAAUCUGGACUAGGCUACGGGUUACUCUUCACCACGCUGGAGAAUGUCACAUCUGGUAAAGGCAGGAAGGUGCUGCAUGGCGAGGUGAGCGCAGGAAGCUGGUUUAAGUAUCUGCCAUCAUCAGUGACGGAUUUCCAGCCUGCGCUGCGAACGCUGGCUCAGCCCAUCCAGAGCGAACAGCUCCGGGAUACGCUGCAGCACUGGAUCGACACGUGUAAAGAGGACAUGCGGACCGGGUUGAGCAGUCUGCUUAUAUACGUGAAGAGUGUGAAAGGUUUGGCCUCCAUCAGGGACGCGGUGUGUGACUUGCUAAGCAGCGAUUCUAUCAGCCAGCACUGGAACGGAGUGUGUGAGCGGCUGCUGGAUAAACCGCUCGAUCUGUGGCAUGACCUGCUGCAGCCACUUUUCUUGCACAGACUGCAGGUGAUCACUCAGGAGGGCACGGAGUCGAUCUCCAGCAGCUGUAAGCAGCUGUUGUCCACCACACUGCAAGACCUGGAAGGCGAGGCAUCGAGCCGAGGUUCGCGCUUUGAAAGCGACGUGUCAUCAUUUCUUUGGUGUGAGUCUCAGGCGGACCUGCCGAGCGAUGCCGCGUGGGUGGGCGUGUCUCAGCGCAGCUCACGGCCUGAAAGUGGCCUGUCCAUGAAGACUCACGCCCUCACACCACGCGUUCAGAACUUCUGUGCCGCCCUUGACUCCAAACUUAAAGCCCAGCUCGAGGAUCUGGGCCAUUUCCUGCCCUCGGACUCUCCAAAUACGUGUCUGAAGCGCUACACGGAUGGGCCGGCGGUGGAGCAGGCUUUGAGCGAGCGCUGCACGGCCUGUCUCGUGGACAUCAUGAGCAGCGUCCGUGCUGAACUAGCAGCUUCCUCGGGCCGAAUGAGCUCGGUCCUCUUCCUGGCCAGACUGUGUCAGUCUUUGGGGGAACUCUGCCCCAGCCUUAAGCAGUGCAUUGUGGGUCGGCAGGGGGAGAGUAGAAACACAGGAAGCCCUCGGGUCCAAAGCAGGAAGUUGGGAAAAGCAGGUGUGAGUAAAGCUGUGGAGCUCAGCCCAGCUCAGGUCAUGUGGGGCAGAAUGAAGGAAGAGCUGCUAUCCUGCAGCAUGGAGGCAUAUUGCAUCUGGAGCUCGGCUGUGUCCCAGACGUUAGUGAGGCGCUUCGCCAAUUCUAUGCAUGCUGCAACAGCCGGCUCCGUCCUAAUCACUGCCACAAACUGGGAGGAGCUGGAGAUCCAGGAAGAGGCGGAGUCAGGGAACACGGUCAUGUCUAAAAUCCAUCUUCCGGUCCAGCCCUCAUGGUACGUUCAGUCUCUUCUCUUUCACUUGUGCCUGGAGGUGAAUAAGGUUGGAGGUCACGCCGUGCCGAGGAUCACCCUGACCGAGCUGCUACGAGCCUGUCUCGAUCAGGUGCUCGCAGAAUACGAAAAGCUUACUCAGCCCACGCAAAACAAGGACACAGGACCUCCCAUCACUCAGAAUCGAGCCCUGCAGCUGCUGUUCGACGUACGUUACCUCAGCGCUGCUUUAACGGCUCGGCUAGAGGACACCAGGAGCUCGCGCUCGCACAUGCAGCCCAUGAUCCAGCAGAUCUGUGAUGCUCUGGAGAGUCACAUCGAUCCUUUCGACCUGGACGUCUUUACUCCUCAUCUGAACAGCAACCUGAACCGCCUGACUCAAAGGACAUCGGUGCUGUUAGGCCUUUUAAGUGGUGCAGAGAAGCAGUUCACUCCCAGGAGCAGUAACGUGAGCUCACAGGAGCCGUACAACAUCCUUCCCCUGGCCAGCAGUCAGAUCCGGUUUGGUCUGCUGCCGCUGAGUAUGACCAAUUCCCGCAAAGCCAAAUCAUCUAGAGCCUCAGACCUCACCAGACCGCUUGUGGCUCCAUCGUCCAAUUCCGUUCCAGAAGACAGCUUCCGGCCAGGGAACCUCUUCAGGCAGUUAGCCAAUCAGGAAGAAGAACCUGUUGCCCCCUCCCUUUUUAAGUUAGGAUGGCUUUCUGGCAUGGCCAAAUAAUAAUUUAUUUUUGGGUGAAGUGUAAGGUUUUUAAUGAGUUAUUCCCAUUCUGUAUAAAUAAUAUAUACAUAUAAAUAUGGUUUGAGAUAAAAAAUAGUGUGCUUGCAUUUCUUAUCCUAGAAAUAAAGGUGUGUAGGUUUGUGUAAAAUGACCUCCUAAUGAUGUACUAUACGUAUUGUAUGUGUUCAACAACCGGUGUGAUGAAAAUUCCCUAAUUUUAGGAAAAUGUUUCUAUUCUGCUUAUCUUCUACUUAUUUUAAAUGUACACAUAAGAAGACCUAACAAUGUAAACACUAGCAAAACUUGAUCAAUUUAUAUGUUAACUCAUUUUGCAUGGGUUACUGUUCUUUUAUAUCUGGAGUAUACUGUUGAGAUUAAAUUGCUUUAUUUUAUUA